CACAUAAACAUCCAAAGCGCCUGUGCUAUUCAACGUAUACUUACAAUGUAAAAAAAUAGCUUUAAUUAUAAUCAGAAGUGAAUGUGUUGAACCGUGUUGUGUUACUCUAAAACCGUAGUCUAAGCAUUUUCGUACUCCAAAAAAAUAAAACGAUUAAAAUGAAGUUUAAAGAAGGAGAAAUAGUUCUGGCAAAGCAUCCAGAAUCGGAUGACUUCCAGAAAGGAAAGGUUAUAACCGCAAGAGGUGAUAGAUAUCGAAUUAUGUUUGAAGGGGGUGAGGAGUAUACAUUGUAUGGAGAUUCAAUUCAGCCGGAAAGACCAUCACGGAGUACAGGAAGAGCCAAAGGCAGACCUCGGAAGAGUCCUUCAAGGAAAUCUCCAAGUCGAAAGUCACCGAGCAGAAGAUCACCAAGUAGACGAUCUCCUGGACGAUCUUCAAAUACUCGAGUGACAAAGUUACCGUCUAAAACACGCUCAGAUGAUGAAAAAAGUUUUAAAACCGAUUCCCAAAGCACGAUGAGUGAAACUGACGAAAUUGGAGACUUGGUUUCCAUCUCAUCACGAAGUAAAGAGGGUCCAGUAGCUAGAAGAAGAUCCGUACGUAUUCGAGAAAAUUUGAUGAAGACUGAAGGAGUAUUUUCCACACGGUCUAUAGAUCGUGCGGCUUCACUUCCUGUUGAACGCAAGUCUAUCAUGUAUGAAUAUUUAUUGGAGACCAAGGAAAGAGGAUUUUCUGUUCAACGUGAACCUGAAGUUCAAAAAUUACAUUACGAAGAAGACGUGCUCCCUGAUUCAUCAACUCAUGAUAAAGCGAAGAAGGAAAUAGAAAUAAUCAGCCAACCACAAGAGUGGGGAGGUUGGUUUGGAACAUUGUGCCUUAUAUUUAUUCUACCAGUUGCCGUAAUUUUACCACAAGUUGCCUGUUUUAAUAACAAAUGUCUCCUAAGUGGAUACCACAUGCCUCAGAAGUGGCAAUCGUACCUUAAUAUUUAUGCAAUACUUGUAUACCUUGGAUUAUUAUUAUCAGUGUCUAUCCUAUCUGUCGUACCGAUUGGGGCAAAAGUUGAUGGACAACAAAGCAAAGUUGGCAGACUUCAAUAUCGAAUUAAUGGUUUAUUAAUUGCAAUCAUUAUUAUGGUGGCAAUAGGAGUUGGAGAAUACCAUGGAUACAAAGUUUUUGAUUACAUUCUAAGGUCAACUUUCAAGUUCACUAUUGGUGGAUGGAUUAUUGGAACAAUUUUAGCGAUUGGAUUGUACAUCAGAGGAGGAAAAAUUCCUGUAUCAAAUACAAACAUUUAUGCAUCCACUGGUAAUUUUAUCUACGAUUUUUGGCAAGGAAGAGUGGUCAAUCCGAGAAUUGGAAAAUUAGAUAUCAAGAUGGUCUUGAUUCGAACCAGCAUCAUUGCAACAAUAAUAAUCAAUACAGCAAUCAUCGCAAAAUCUCUGCAAGGAAUUACAUUGGAGACAUUGCAACAUUCAAAUAAAACAAUAAUCAUAGCUUCUGGAAUGCAAAUAUUAUAUUGUCUUGAUGCAUUAAUUUAUGAAAUAACUUCAUUGACAUCGUUUAGAAUAAUGUACGAAGGAACUGGAUAUAUGACCUGUGUUGGAAAUUUAUUAUACCCAUUUUUAAUUACCUUGGGACCUAGAUAUUUACUCAUGCAAAAGAUAAAUCAACCAAAUGUACUACACUUUGUAGGCUUCACUUUCUUAGUAGGAUAUUUGAUUUAUCGUCUUAGCAACCUGCAGAAAGACAAAUUCAGGACGAAUCCUUACCUGAAAGAUGUAUCUCAUCUAGAUACCAUUCUAACGAAUAAAGGAAAGAAAAUUAUCGUCUCUGGAUUGUGGGGAUUUGUAAGACGUCCGAAUUAUUUCGGUGAUCUCAUAAUUAACUGGAGUAUGGCAUGUACAGCUUCAAAUGGUGGUAUUCUACCUUAUUAUCCGGCAAUAUGUUGUACACUAGUGUUGAUACAUCGUGCAGUUCGUGAUGAUGCUCGGUGUAAAGCACGAUAUGGAGCUGCUUGGGAACAAUAUUGUUCGCGUGUGAAAUCGUUGAUUUUAAAGGGAGUAUUUUAAAUAAAUAUUAGAAUGAACAAUUGAAUUUUAACAAAUUUUUUACAAAAUAGAAAUUAAAAAAAAAAAAAAAACAAA